AAAAUAAAGAAAUGAAAAAUUUAAAUUUAUUAUUAAUAUUAUAUUGCUUAGUAUUUGUUUCAAAAUGUUUUGGUGCAGCUGAGCUUGGAGACACAAGUUAUAAGGGCGAAGCAAAGUAUUAUGUAAUUGGUAGAACUGAUUUAAGAAAAUGUGCACCUCCAAUGUGUGGUGGUUAUUUUUUAAAUGAAAUCAAUACUGGGGCCAAGGCAUUGCAAGAUAUUUAUGUUUCAAAGAUUGUUCAAUCCUCAUCAAUGAAAGCUGUGGAUGAAAGUAAAUACCCGUUUUGCACCAUCCCAAUGAAAUUGUAAUUUAUGGUACUAUCAGUGGUAGUGGUUACAACAUGCAAAUCGAAGUUAGUGGUAUUUUCAGAUUACUCACCAAACCAGACAAGGGUUUCUAUUUUGACAGCAACACCAAAUUCUUUAAAGCACAAGAUAGUCAAACCAUUAUGAAGUUAAACUCUAAUGAUCGUUACAGAGUUGAGGAUAUUUUAAAUACUUAUGGUAAUUCAGUAUCGGCAAUUCAAUUAAAUUGGGUAGAUUAUAAAUUAACCUCUGGCAAUUCAGUUUUCACAAUGAGUGAAAAUAAAAUUUCAGGUAAUGUUACCAUUGACUACUUGUUUAUCAGUUUACCAGAUCCUGCUUUUUGUCCAAUCGUUCUUACUCAAAUCAAUUGUCAAAACAAUACCGUAGCAACUUAUCAACGUGCUGCCACCCGUUGUCAAAGUUUCAAUGGAUGUGCUAAAAAAGGUGUUUGCCCAUUAUCUGUAGUCAAAUGUCCAAAUGGUUAUAAUUUAGCUUCAGUUCCAUCAAAACCAAAUGGUUGUCCACGUUAUUAUUGUGAUCCUUCAUUUUUAUCAAAUUAAAAUAAUAAUAUAAAACAAAUAAAAUUAAAAUUACAAUU